AUGGCUAGGCCGCUACACAACCUAGUCAAAAAGGACACAACUUGGAAAUGGAGCACCAAGGAACAGGAAGCCUUUCAGGGAUUGAAGGACGCCAUCACAAACGCACCAGUCCUCUGCCAUGCCAACCCAAUGAAGCCUUACUUCCUAGAAACAGACGCAUCAGGCACAGCCUUAGGAUCCAUACUCAGCCAAAGACUGGAAGACAGACGCUUGCACCCACUAAGCUUCUUAUUGGAAUCAUUCAAGGGAGCCAAGCAGAAUUACGACACACACAACAAGGAGCUGCUGGCUAUCAUUUGUUCUUUGGAAAACUGGCGCAUCUUCCUGGAGGGAACAGAACACCCCAUUACGGUAUUCACUGACCACUGCAAUCUGGAAUACUGGAAGGAAUCCCAAACGUUUAACCGCCGCCAUGCCAGAUGGCAUCUACUGCUAGCUGGUUAUAACUUUCAAAUUGUAUACCGCCCAGGGAAACAAUCCAGAAAACCUGACGCUCUCUCACAACAAUCCAACCACGCAGACACACCGCCGGCCAACCAGACAAUGCUCCCUGACCCUGUGUUUGCCAACGUGGCCUUAGUGACCCCAAAAAAGGAACUCCAACACCAAAUUGAGGCCGCCUUAGAUCAGGACAAAUCACUAGAGGAAAUAUUACAAUUCCUCCAGAAUGAAUCCAAGGCACCCCUGUCCAUUAAACGUGCCUUCAAAGAUUACCAAAUGGAGGCUGGACUCCUUUUCUACCAAGGACAAAUUGUAGUCCCAGAUGUUGGAUCACUAAGGACGGACUUACUCUGCAUCCUCCAUGACAGUCCCUUGGCAGGACACCCCGGAAGGCAGCAAACCCUAGAAUUGGUCUCAAGGGAUUACUACUGGCCGGGGAUCUGUGCCGACACAUACUGGCACAUGGACUCCUGUGAAACAUGUCAACGGAUAAGGAAGCCCAAAUAUGCGUCAAUACCGCCUCAACCCCUUGAGCUUCCUAGCAGACCAUGGCAACACGUAUCCUACAACAUGAUAGUGGAUCUACCCAAAGAUGGAAACUUUGACUCAAUCCUGGUCAUUGUCAACAGCUUCACCAAGUAUGGUAUUUUUGUCAAAUGCUUCAAGAAGCUAAAUGCACCCAAACUAGCAGAGUUAUUUUUGGAACAUGUAUGGAAACAACAUGGGAUGCCGGAAAAAACGGUCUUGGAUAGGGGAAGGGUUUUCAAUAACAAAUUCCUGAAGGCAUUAUACAAAUGCCUAGGAAUAGACCCCCAUUUCUCCUCUGCGUAUCACCCUCAGAGCAAUGGCCAGACAGAACAGAGGGACUGGACCAGAUGGCUUCCCAUGGCAGAAUUUGCAUAUAACAACGCAGUACAUAGCAGUACAGGGAAAACACCGUUCAAAGCUCUAUAUGGUCAGGAACCCACCUUAACACCAUCCAACGUCCCAACAGACAUACCAGAAGCCAAUGACCUUGCUGUAACCAUGGAGGAACAAUGGAAGGAAGUCAAGGCCGCUCUCCGGCAAUCCAAAUUACGGAUGGUUGCCAGGGAAUCAGGGAAUCCCUUAGAGUUUGAAAUAGGAGAGGAAGCGUGGCUUGACGCCAAGAAUGUCAACCUCAAGACUCUAAGUCUUAAGCUAACGGAACAACGCUUAGGGCCAUUCAGGGUCAUCAAGAAAAUCUUGGACUGCGCUUACCGGCUUGAACUUCCGCCAACUAUGCGCAUUCACAAUGUGUUCUAUGUGGGACUACUGUCAAAAGUUAAACAGGAUGACAGACGCACCUUUGAAAAUUGCCCACCACCAGUCACCGUGGAUGGGGAGGAAGAAUACAAAGUUGAGGGGAUAACAGAUGCCAAGGAAUGCAACAGGAAAUGGUUCUUCCAAGUCAAAUGGAAGGGCUACGGGCCCAAGGAAAAUACGAUAUGA